AUGCUCUUCAACUGCCGCGCCAAACCACAGCCGCCUCCUCCACCUGCCGCUGCACCGCCGGAGCCGCGAUUCCGAUGCAUGUACCCCAACUGCACCCGCAAGGCAGUCAAGUGCGAGCAGAAGGCCAAGGGCCACCAUGCCAUGCAGUCGCUCUACUGCAAAGAUCACGCAUGCCGCCAGCGCCUCGACGACAUGAUGUGCCCAAGCCCGAAGGAAUCCAGCAUGGCCAAGUACUGCAACGACCAUCGUCGUUGUCAGUCAGAGGGCUGCUCCCAAAAUCGCCUCCUAGCAGAUGUCAACUCCGACUGGCCUUACUGCGAGAAGCACACCUGCACCUCCAACGGCUGCCGCCAGAAAUGUUCCGCAACCUCGCGAAUGUGCAUCUCGCACACGCCGCUCUGCCUCAUCCCCGGCUGCGACACGCCGCGCACCGAUCACGGCCUCUACUGCCCCUGCCACAGCUGCUCCGACGCCGACUGCGCCGCCGUCAUCAACGGCGGCCACUGGUGCAAGCAGCACCGGCUCUGCAAGACGGACGGCUGCGAGCAGGGCAGGGCCGUCACCGCGGGCGGACGGUUCGAGGACUUCUGCUGGAACCAUCUUCCCAAGGCUUGUCUCGCAGCAGGUUGCAAAGCCAUCAUCAGCGGCAGCGUGCGCUUCUGCCCCCAGCACGAGUGCAUGUACACCCCAUGCCACGAAGCCAAAGACAACACCCACGACCAAUCCCGCCUCUACUGCGCAAGCCACCCCCUCGCCGUGCCCGCCGCGCAGUUCUGCUCUGCCCACGAGUGCAUCGCCCGUAACUGCUACGAGGCCGCGGGGAUGAACGAGAGCGGCUACUGCGAUGCCGCGCACGCGUGUGCGUCGCCGGGGUGCCCCGUCCCGCGCGGCCCGGAGGGUGGUUGCUGCGUGAUGCACGCGGCCAUCAUGGCCCGCCCGGCGCCGCCGCUGUCGAGCACCGGCGCGACAGUCGGUGUCGGCGGCAGGGAGCGGGAGGGGAAGUACUACAGCCACAUGGAGGAGACGCUGGGCCAGCGGCUGCGCGCAGAGAGGGAGCGGCACGUGGCGGAGAUGCGGCUGCAAGAGGGCGCAUGGCAGGCGGCUGGGUUCGAGAGGCGGCGGGGACGCAGGGAGAGGGUGAGGAGCUGCGAUAGCGGGUAUGUGGGCAGUCCGAGUGUGUCUGACGGGAGCAACUGCACUUUUGUGAGCUAG